CGUGAACACGACCUCCAAAAUGGGAGACGCAUCCGCGUCUCCAGGAGUAUAAGUAUGCACAUGACAGGGUCGCAAUGCCUACGUGGACAGUCGUUCUAUUCUCAAGGACAUAAUGCAGAUUCAGCAAAUCAUUGUAGCGCUUUUGGCAACGCAUGCCGGAGCGUUAUCAUUACCGAAUCACGAUAGUGGAGCACGUAAAUCUCAAAUUGAGAGCUGCGACGCCCCAGUUCUUCUGGAUGCAAAGACGAACAUAUGGAACAAAUAUAAGCUUCAUCCAAAUCGAAUCUACCGGGAGAAGGUAGAGGCAGCCAUCCCCCUUAUCAACGACACCUUCCUUCAGGCCCGGGCAAAGAGAGUUCUGAAUGCAGGAACCUUUGUUUGGAUAGACGGCGUAGACCAGAUCAGUCUGAUUGAACAAACUGUCCAAGAUGUCCCAUGCGAUCAUGUAGUUGGUAUAGUCAUUUCAGGCCUUCCGUUCAAGCAAUGCACUGCAUCCAACGAGCCACCAAAGCACGAAACUUACGACUAUCAAAAGGACUAUAUUGAGCCCAUUGUGAAGAAGCUCAAAUCAUAUCCAAACAACGCUUUCGCACUCAUCAUUGAGCCCGGUGUGGUCGGGAACUUCGUCAUUAACACCAACUCGAACGUUACGACCUUGCCAAACGCCGACCCGAGCCGGAAUUGUACGCAUGUUGCGGCUUCAUAUCGGAAAAACGUUCCCCAGGCACUGAGCGCUCUCAGCUUACCGAACACCAUUUUGUACUUGGACGCUGGUCAUGCAGGGACCUUUGGCUGGGGCAAAUACAGAGCUCAGGGUGCGGCAGAAUUACUCAACACUUGGAAGGCAGCCGGGACACCGAGCCAGUUUCGCGGCUUGUCUUUGAAUGUUAUGAGUUACAAUUCAUGGGACUUGUAUCCAGGAGAGAGAUUCCGGAACGAAGACUCUUGCUACGACACGCCCAGCAACAACCCCGCGCGCAAUGAAAAGCUAUACAUAACCAUCCUAGAGCGAGAAUUCAAGAAGCUCAACUCUACAAUGCCUUUCUAUUCCAUCGUGGACACGUCGCGCAGCGGCGUACAGGGUAUUCGGGAGUUCUGGGGAGAUUGGUGCAACAUCGAAAUGGCAGGUUUUGGUCUGAUGCCGGGGACCUCCACAAACGACGUGCAAGCGGACGCAUUCGUCUGGACGAAAUGGGGCGGCGUAAGUGAUGGGACAAGCGAUCCAGCUAACUCGGAUUUCGACAGCAAUUGCGGGAAAGUCACUGCUCAUAAGCCGAUGCCAGCGAAAGGAGAAUGGAGCCAGACUUACUUCGAAUCGUUGGUGAAUGACUGGAGGGGGUAUGUUCGAAGAGCAGAGUGGAGUGAGAAGAACAAGGUGGCCAGGUGUGGGUAAUUUGACGGCUUCGACUA